UGUACGAGGCGAAGAAAACACUUUGGACGUGAAGACCUACUUAAAAUCUGGUAUAUUUUACUGAUUCUUAUUUUUUAUAUUUUAAAAUCAAAGUGAAGACAAGUUUUUCUCGGUUGUGACGACUCAAGAGUCUCUUAAGAACCCAAAGGCGUCUUGACUGGACUUUCCAAACGAUACACAUCCCGAAUUUAUCAGCUCGUGUUACAACAGAGCGAACCUACUGGAGGUACUUGCAAGUCCUGUUGGUCAGAUUUUCCAAUGACAUAACCAAGAGUUUGCAGACUCUGCUUGGGGGCAAGUUGUCCGACCCCAACACUGCAGGAUUGUUGUGAUAACAUUGACAGGAAGUGGAUUCAUUGGUCACCAUGCCGGUCCUCUCCACCAGAACCGACAGUGAAAUAGGUCUGUAUGAGCUGUUGUCAGACCUGCCAUCUCAGCUGCAGCCUCAUGUUGAGAGCGCAGAUGACUGCUCCUUUCUACACGCUAUGUUUGGGGAGAGGAGUAUGCACUCAUUGGUCAAGAUUCAUGAGAAGCUUCAGUGUUAUGAAGACCGCUCACCAGCUCCAGUACUGGACAACGCUUGCUCACUGGCCCAAGAUUUGAUGGAAGAACUUCAGGGAAGGAGAGCAAGUGACGAGACCAGAGAGCUUCUCAAGCUGCUGUCCAAACCACAUGUAAAGAGUUUGUUGUCUGUUCACGAUACGGUGGCCAAGAAGAGUUAUGAUCCAGAACUUCCUCCUUUACCAGAUGACAUUGAUGAUGAAGAAGACUCUGUCAAGAUUAUAAGACUGGUCAAGAAUAAAGAGCCUUUGGGUGCCACUAUAAAGAAGGAUGAGCACACUGGAGCGAUCUUAGUGGCACGCAUCAUGAGUGGUGGUGCUGCAGACAGAAGUGGGCUGAUACAUGUUGGAGAUGAGCUGAAACAAGUCAACGGCAUCCCUGUGGAUGACAAAAAACCUGAAGAAAUAAUCUGCAUCCUGUCUCAAUCACAAGGUGCCAUCACGUUUAAAGUUGUCCCAGGUAUCAAAGAGGAGGCACCAAACAAGGAGCCCAGGAUGUUUGUGAAAGCACUUUUUGACUAUAAUCCAGCAGAGGAUAAGGCGAUCCCUUGCAAGGAGGCUGGGUUGGCAUUUAGCAAGGGAGACAUCCUGCAGGUUAUGAGCCAGGAUGAUGCCACCUGGUGGCAGGCCAAACAAGAGAGUGGCAACAACCCCCGUGCUGGGCUCAUCCCUUCCAAACACUUUCAGGAGAGGAGGUUUGCAGUCUGGAGACCCAUGACCGUUGCACCACCCCAGAGGACCCCCAGCAAAAGAUUGUCGGGUCUGCGGAGGAGCUUUCGUCUCAGCAGAAGAGAUAAGAAGACAAAUAAAUCCAUGUAUGAGUGUAAGAGAAGUGAGCAAUAUGACACAGCUGAUGUGCCCACAUAUGAAGAGGUGGCAUCCUACUGCAGAAAACAUGGAGACAGGCACAGACUUGUCAUUUUAGUUGGUCCCACUGGUGUUGGUUUGAAUGAGCUUAAAAGAAUGUUGCUGAUAUCGGACCCACAACAUUUUAGUGUCACUAUCCCACACACCUCUCGACCCAAGAGACAUCAGGAAAAUGAAGGAGUGGAGUAUCAUUUUAUCUCCAAAAAUCUUUUUGAGGUAGACAUUCACAACAACAAGUUCAUUGAAUAUGGAGAGUAUAAGGGAAACUACUAUGGGACGAGUUUUGACUCUGUACGAUCAGUCCUAUCCAAGAACAAGGUGUGCCUUUUGGACGUACAGCCACAUACGCUAAAGCAUCUUCGCACAGCUGAGUUUAAGCCCUAUGUGGUGUUUGUGAAGCCUCCGCCAAUCGAGCGUUUAAAAGAAACUAGGAAGAAUGCUAAAGUCAUCUCAGGCAAAGAAGAUAAGAACUCAUCCAAACCCUUUUCGGAGGAGGACUACCAGGAGAUGAUCAGUGCCUCUCAGAUAAUGGAAAGUCAGUAUGGUCACCUUUUUGAAAAGGUCAUUGUUAACGAUGACCUCACAACUGCCUUCAAUGAGCUCAAGCAGGCACUCAGGAAAGUGGAGACAGAAACUCACUGGGUGCCCAUCAGCUGGACUCAUUCCUGAGGGGACAAAACAAAAUAGAGGAUAAAAGGACAAGGGAAAAGUGAUCGGGGGGAAGGGGGUGUGGAAACUAAGGGAAAGACUUGGUGAACUUUUUUUUGGUAGGUGGUGGGGAUAAUAUUUUAGAGUUAUCUUAAAGGAA